AAGCUGACGGUGGUUCAAAGGUCGGUAGAUUUUGAACAGCCCCACCAUGAGGCCUGAAUAAUAGUACAGUUCAAAAUGGAGGCGGCAGGCGAAAUUCCGGAAGAUGACCCGGAGUUAGAUCUAUUUUCAUCAGACUUUAACGCAUUUAAAGCGUUAUAUUCCAGUAGAGUCAAGAUUCCGUGUCCCUACGCUGAGGAAUCCCAAUCUAUCGAUGAUUAUGGGUGUGACGGGACCAAAUUAAAACCAAAGGAAGAAGAAAAGAAAGUGGAAACUGUGGGAAAAGAAAAAAUACUUUCAGAAGAAUAUUUGAUACCAGUUCGCAGGAAGCAGAGAGUAGAGAUUAAUGUAAUGACACGAAUGCAAGAUCCACCAGCAGGUCAUAUGGAAGUGCUGCAUGAGUGUAUGCAGAAUAGGUUACGUGUACGUGUGGUGAUUCGCUCAUUUAAAGGGAUCCGAGGAAUCUGUAUUGGUUUUAUUGAAGCUUUUGAUAAGUUUUUCAACUUGGUUUUGAGAGACGUGGAUGAGAUCUACAAAUUACCAUCAAAAGGUCAAAGGUUUUACCACGAAGAAUCAGUAACAGUUUCAAAGAUUCUUGAAUUUAGCUCAGAAAUUCCAGUACAGAAAAAAGCAAAACAUAAAUACCAGACAAACAGCAGACAAAAUGGUCACAGACUAAAUGUUAUCAAGGAAACAUUGGCAGUUGGAGAACAAAGUUCAACUAAUUCAGACCAAGAGCAAUAUGAAAGUUGUUAUAAUGACUCAGAAAGUAGAUCAGUUGACCAAGAAAGCAGUUCAGGAGAUAUUGAUGAAAAUAGAGAAGUGGAGGCUAAAUGGAGCUGUCAUGAGGUGGGCAGUGACAAUAGUGAUGGCUUAGAGAACAUGGAGGCGGAAUUGCAUGCACUGAAGGAACAACUUGCACAGGAGGAAGACGAAGACUAUGAAUCAAAUGAAAGAGGCGAAGAUUUUGUUGGACUUGAGAACAGACUUGCGCUGUUACAAGAACAACUUAGUCAGGAUGACGAGGAGGAUACAGAAAAAAGAAAUAAAGAAGAAAAUAAUGCACAGCAUUUUGAAACCCGUAAAGGAGAAAUAGAAAGUGAAGAAUCGACCAAUGAAAAGUAUGUUAAAACCCAUAAAGUGGAUAUAGAAAGUGAAGAAUUGAUCAAUGAAAAGCAUGUUAAAACCCUCACUGAAGUAAAGAUCAAUGAAAAGCAUGUUGAAAACCCUACUGAAAAGACGGUGGUUAAAGAUAAAGACACAAUAGGAAAACAAUCUAGUGAAUAUUUCAACCUUGAACUGCAGAAAUCAAAGUCAAGUGAACUUGAAAUCAAUAAAUCAUUGAAUCAACUUGACAUCAAUUUGAAUAAUCAAAUAAAAAAUGCAAUUCCAAAUAUUUCUCCAAAACAACAUGUGUCCAGUGUGGUAGAUGCACCAUCACUGAGGGCAGCAGAUAAGUGUGGUAAAGUGAAAUUGAAACCAGAGGACUUCCGUAGAAGACAUGCAAAUCAACUGUUUAUUCGAGGUGACAAUGUUGUACUUGUUGCCGUGGAAACAGCAUUGCUUCCACAAUACUAAAAGUAUUAAUGGAAAUAUUUCAUAUAAAAUUAAUUUAUUAGGCUUCAAAAAUGCAAUUGGUUUUUUUUAAAUUACAGAAAUACAAAAGAAAACA